AAGGACGCGGCGUACGACGAGCUCUUUGGCGAGUGCGCGUCGGAGGAUCCCGGACUCUACAUCUGGCGCGUGGAGUACUUCAUUCCGUUGGAGAUUGACGACGACGACUACCCCGACCUCAAGUGCAAGCCGCCACGACCCGCCAGGUUCUUUUCCGAGGACUGUUACGUCAUCCUCCACAUCACGUCGAUGGAGAAGGCCAAGAAGUUCACCAUCUUCACCUGGAUGGGCGCCAAGUCCACGGUGGACAAGCAGGGCGCGGCGGCCUUCCGGUCGCGUGAGCUGAACAUCUUCCUCAACAGCAAGGCGAUGAUCGUGCGCGAGUCGCAGUACGACGAGUCGGACGACUUCAUGGAGCUGUUUGGCUGGCAGAUCGACUACCAGGACGACGGCGGCACCGAGUCGGCGUUCAAGCCCACCCUGCCCUUCUCACAGGAGCCCCGCUUCUACCGCCUCGCCUUUGCGCCGGUGCCCGAGCCGUCGGGCGACGCCCCGCCGUCCAGCAGCAGCAGCAACGCCGCAGUGGUGGGCAAGCGUCGCCAACGCUACUUCUCCAUGCGCCAGGUCCGCCUCUCCGCCCUGUCGCUCAACUCGACCGACGUCUUCGUCUUGGACGGCGGCACCGACGGCUACAUUUUCCAGUGGAACGGUUCUCGAUCGGAGCGCGCUCUGCAGUUCAAGGGCCACGAGAUCUGCACCCGCAUCAACAGAUACGAGAGGAGCUGCGGCAGCAAGAUCCGCGUGCUGGAGGAAGGGUUCGAGGACGCCGGGCGCGAGGAGGACGGCUCCGAGUGGCGCAAUUUCUGGGACUACAUGCGGGAGCCCUUGGAGGGACCCGUGCCCGAGAGGGGACCCGAGGUUGUCGACGACAUCCUCCUGUGCAAGACCGCCGUCGACCCAGAGACGGGUCGGCCGAGGCUUGCGGUGAUCAGGAAGGGCGGCGAGACUGGCCCCCUGUCCAGGAGCAUGCUCCACCCUUCGGCAGCGGUCAUCAUGGACGCCUUCACGGAGCUGUUCGUGUGGAUCGGUCAUGGGUCGUCCCUCCUCCAGCGACAGAUCGCGAAGGCCGCGGCUCGCCGCUUUAGGGAUGAAGUCAACAAGGAGGGCCGCCCCUCGUGGACGCCCAUCAACAUCAUCUACGAGAACUUUGAGCCGUCGGCGUUCAUCGCCAAGUUCCCCGACUGGUGCGCCGAGCUCUUCGCGCCGCUCCCCUCCAACUACGCCACCGCGCAGAUGUCCCACUACCGCAUCGCGCCCUCCGAGCCCUGGCCCAAGAUCUCCAUCGACAACGUGGUGAACUUGAGGAAGCCACCACAGGAGCCGUUCGUGGACGAGGGCGGCGGCAGCGUCGAGGUGUGGGCCAUCGAAGACGGCAAGCCCACCUUCACCAAGCUCCCCGCCGAGGAGCGAGGACACUUCUACUCUGGCGAUUGCUAUCUGGUGCUGUACACGUUCUACAACCCCAACGACAACAUGAAGCAGGCCUACCUCUGCUACUUCUGGGAGGGCCGAUCGUCCUCCAACCGAUGGUGGCCCGCGUUCCUGUUCGGUUUCUACCCCGUGCUGGAGAAGAAGAUUCUCAACUACGGCGGCCGACCGCCGGUGAAGAUCCGCAUCAUGGAGCACAAGGAGCCACCCCACUUCAUGAAGCUCUUCAACGGCCACAUCAUCAUCCACAAGGGCCACCGCAAGAAGAGGCUCACCAAGCCCAAGCCGAAGGCGCUGUACCACAUCCGCCGCACGACGGAGGAGAUCACGCACACCGUGCAGGUGAAGGCCGUCGUGUCGUCCCUCAACUCGAAGGACGCCUUCGUCCUCCUCACGCAAGACUACCUCUACCUUUGGUAUGGUAAGGGAACGGGAUUCGAGGACUCGACGGCCAUUCUCAAGGUGCCGGACCUGCUGCAGGGCAAGCGCACGCUCGAGGUGUUCGACGAGGGCGAGGAGGUGCCCGCCUUCUGGAACCUGCUCGGCGGCUGGUCCGACUACGUGUGCAACCAGCAGUUCCUCCAGAAGUACCGCGAGAAGGCCCGCCUCUUCUGCUUCUCCAACCAAACCGGUCGUCUGGAGGUGAGCGAGGUGUACGAGUUCUUCCAGACGGACCUGAACCUGGCCAACGUGUACCUGCUGGACACGUACCACGAGGUCUACGUGUGGCUGGGCAAGUCGGCGUCGGAGUCGCAGUACAAGCAGGUGCUCGAGUUUGCCAACCGCUACGUGCGCGAGAUGGCCACGCGGCGCAAGAUCUACGUGCCCCUCAUCGCCACCGAGGACGGCGAGGAGCAGGUCGAGUUCACCCGCCACUUCCACACCUGGGUCACCAAGCCCCCGUUCAUCGAUCCCGCCAUCGGCCGCGACGAUCGCUACGCCGAUCUCAUGUUCCAGGUCUAUAAGAAGAAGGAGCAGGAGAAGGCGAAGGAGAAGGAGCUGCGGCUGGCGCAGGCCAAGACCAAGGAGCCGCUCCGCAAGAUCGAUUGGAUCGAAUGGAUCAGGAAGGAGAUCCCGGAGUUGAUAUUGAACGAGGGCGAAUUCUCCGACGAAGAAGAUGAUGGCGAAGAGGGAGAGUACUAUGACGAGGAGGAGGAGGAAGAGGAGGAGAUCACGUUCGAUCAGGUGGGCGAGAGGGACGAGGGCGAGGGCGAGGAGGACAACAACAACAGCGAGGAGGAGAGCAGCGAGAGCGAUGAGCCUGCGGAGGAGGAAGACGAGGAAAUCGUCUACGGCGAAUUCGACGCCGGUGAGAUCGAAGAGAAGCCCAAGGCGGUGGGAAAGACAGCAGCCGAGUACCUCAUGGAGAAGGUCCACAAGGAGUCAAAAUAUUUCAAGAUGUACCACACCUAA